AACUAGGUAGGCAGCCUACUUGAUAUUGAGACGCAGCAACUGAACAGGCAUUGCAGCUUUCAGCAGCAGGAAGUAUUGGCACAAACACGGGGAUGCUGUCCAUGACCUGACCAGUCGGCCUGAAGACGUGUCUUUGGAUUCAGUGUUUGUUUGUUUUUUAAGAUACAAAUGCUUUGUUGAAGUGGGAUCACAGCCCAUCUCCUAAGUAUGGAGAUAGCUGUAGCCAAAAUCCUGUGCCUGCUGGGGGUGUUUGCCCUGAUGUUAGGGGGCAUCCUUAUUCCUGUGCGGAUGAUGCAUACGGAGUAUGAUAAAAUCGCAAGGUACAGAAGAGUGGUUGCUUUAAGCAACUGUUUCGGAGGAGGUGUAUUCCUGGCCACCUGCUUCAAUGCCCUUUUACCAGCAGUUAGAGCAAAGGUUGAUGACGUUCUGGAAACGUUAAAAACCGCCAAUCAUUACCCUCUGGCAGAGACGAUGAUGAUGAUUGGGUUUUUCCUCACAGUAUUUGUGGAACAGGCCGUGCUCACUUUCCGCAAGGAGAAGCCCUCGUUUAUCGACCUGGAAACGUUUAAUGCUGGUGGCUCGGCAGCAGGGAGUGACUCGGAGAAUGAUGCUCCAUUCAUCGCUCCCACCCGAGGUUCCAGAGACCACCAGUACCAUUCCCAUCACCACGGACACUUCCACCCUUCAGAGCUGACGCACGCUGGGCCAUUGAGAUUAGCUAGCCUGGUGCUAGCGCUGUCCGCUCACUCUGUCUUUGAGGGCCUUGCGUUGGGCCUUCAGGAAAAGGGGGCUGAACUCGGAACUCUCUUCAUUGGAGUGGCCAUCCACGAGACACUGGCAGCCGUGGCUCUGGGGGUUAAUAUAGCCAAGGCGGGCAUCUCUUUACGGGAUGCCAGUAAACUGGCCGUUACAGUGAGCCUAAUGAUUCCUCUGGGCAUCGGGAUUGGAAUGGGUAUUCAGACGGUCCAGCACCUGGCAGAAAGUAUUUUAUCUGUAGUGCUCCAGGGCCUGGCAGCCGGCACGUUCCUCUUCAUCACUUUCUUUGAGAUCCUCUCACGAGAGCUGGAAGAUAAACAUGACAGGCUACUGAAGGUGCUGUUUCUUGCACUGGGCUACAGUGUACUAGCAGGGCUCGUCUUCGUCAAAUGGUAAAAGGGGUUCAAAAUGUAACAUUUUAUAAAACUGCAUACUGUUCUUCUAGAGCACCAUCUGUCAAACAUUAUAACCAACGGUUUCUGUAAAUCUACUGUAUAACUUUUGAUAUUUUAUAGAGCAAGUGUUUUCAAACUUUUUGAUGCCAAUUACCACAAAAUAUGAUGAUUUUAUGUUAUUUAUAUUAUAUUUAUAAAAACAGCUGUAAUGGCCUAUAUAUAUAUAUAUAUAUAUAUAUAUAUAUAUAUAUAUAUACAGUGCCUUGAAAAAGGUUUUUGCCCCUUCCUGUUUUUUUUUUGUUUGUUUGUUUUUUGCAUAUUUGCGAAUUUAAAAGAUUUAAUAUUACACAAAGAUAAUGCAAGUAAAUACAAAAUGCAGUUUUUAAAUGAUGAUUUCAUUUAUUAAGGGAAAAAAGCUGUCCAAAUCUGCAUGACAACCCUAAAAAAAUGUUUUUUAUUUUUGCAAAUUUUAUGCGACCCACUUGUAGGACCCUGGACCCCAUUUGGAAAAAAGCCUCUAUUAAUGUUAUAAUUUUGACUUCUACCCUUUUAUGUCUGACUCAAAUCUUCUGAUGAAUUUCAGGCUAAGAGACAGUUUGUAGCCAAUAGUUCCACCCCUUUUUUUUUACUCAUCCUUUAUGUAAAUAUCAUACAUAGUCAAUAUUUACCAAUAUUACAAUGACUGUUUUGAAGGAUUUGCUUGUAGAUACUAUUAGCUGAAUGCACAUGUAGGAUGUGAAUGUUAAAUGUUUUAGUGAGAACUUUGCGUUGAAGUUCCAGUUUUAGAUUCGCAUGUAGUUGAGUGCUCAGAAUUCAGUCAAACUACUUGACACAAGUUUCACUGGGGGAAAUACUCCUGAUGUAGACAGAGACUCAGUUUUUGCUGUGAGCUGACAGACAGAUUUUUGUUUAGAAUCAGAACAGGACGUUUUUUAGGUGAAUGUAUUUGAGCAAGCUGGGUCUGGUGGUUCACUAUUUGAUCUGAUGUUAUAUUAUAGUUAUAUGCUUAAUUCAGAUUGUUCAUUGUUACUUUUAAAGCUAUAUUUGAUCUAUUUUAUCAUGUUCUCAGUUUGAGUGUCAUGAAUAUUUUGCCUCAUAAAUAAGUAAAUAAAGAGAAAUGCUGAAUUUAUAAAUCCACUUACAAGCUUAUGAGGCGUUAUGAAAAUGGCGUAUAUUGAUAUUGCCCAGAGUGAGCCUCAGGAAAUUAAAACUUAACCGUGUAUUGCUUCUUUGUUUUCUUUGUUUUGUAUUCCUGUAUUUUUUGUGUCUCUUACAGCUUUAAGAACCUUUAUGGUUAUAUUGUUUUAAGCCUAUCAGGGAGAUUCUUAGUCUUUUCAUUGUUUAAGUAUUUCUGGGCAGUUUCAACAAAUCAAGCAACAUAUGAAGAAAGAAGCUUUAGUCUUAAAGGAUCUAAAGACUCUUUAUAGCAACCUGUGUAUGCUGCUUUAAGAGUGCAACCAUACAUUUAUGGUUUUAAUUUUUUUCUUUUCAUUAAUUUUUAAUAAUUUAUCAUUUGAUUAUUUUAUUAUUCCAUUGAAUUAUUUAUAAUAAUCAUAUACUCUUAAUUCAUUGAUCAGUCAUUUUAUAUGAUUAUAUUUUGUAUUAUUUCUCUUUACUGUUUAAUUUAUUGUGUCGUGUUUUCUUUGCAAACAGGUUACAGAUAAGAAAAGGUCUUCAUUUAAGGUUUUUAAUGUCAUUGGACAUUGUUGCAAGCAGUAAAUUUCCAUUGAUAUUGCUUGUGGUAAUAACAUUGGUUGGACUGAGCAUUGAAACGAAUGCAACUGAGAUUAUUCCGUAUAAUUUUACCAUCACCACUUCUUUUUUCUGCUUCCCCUGGCUUCCUGUGCCUGUUGAGAAAAGACUGUUAAUACAGCUUUGGGUAGUGAAACACUGAUUUUGGGCACUGGACAAAACCUACUAUUAACAGGUUUUGGGUACCAGAUAUUUUCAGGCAGGAACUGGCAUCUGGGAUUGGAUCCAAUAUUCCUGAUGUGGAGACUCGAUCUAAGAUUUUUCGGCGGGAUGUCGGCACUAUCUGUCAAUCUGUAGCCAUUUCCUGCCUGUGCUCUUUUCCUUGUGUCAAUAAGAUUUAGUAUUUCAGUGUUGCAAAACACUCCUUUUUUAAAUGCAUACAGGAUUUAAUGUAAUUAUUGAUCAGCUUUAAUUUUUGGUUUAAUAAAGUGAUUUUCCUGGUUA